AUGAAAUCUAGUUAAUCUGACAGCAUAGAAGAAGAAUCAUGUAAUUGGAAUCUGUCUAGUCCCUAAGGGCCUUAAAUUUCAUUAAGAAAUACUUUUGCAAAUAAUUAGCCAGAUUCCUCAGUAGGCUCAAUUGAUUCUGAAAGAGCUAAGGUAUAAUCAGAACUAAAAAAACAAGAAUGUAGUAUCUAAAUGAGCUCAGAUGCAAAAUCAAUUAUAAAGAGAACUCUAAUAAAUGUUAAUCCAUUGUAAAAAUUGCAUCAAAUAGCAGCAAAAAAUAGAUUAGUAAAAUAAUUCAAAUAAAACCUAUUCAUGAAUUCAUAUAUACUUUCAAAAGAUUAUUCGUAACAAUUAUUAAUAUUUUUUUAGAGACAAAAUUUUAUAAUUUGAAUAACUCUCAUUUAAUAACAAUUCAGAUUACCUAGUUCAUAAAACUCAAGGCUUACUUUUGCCAGUUUUUGAAGCAUAUAGUAACUUAAUGAAAAUUUGGGAUGUAUUGAUGAUAUUUUAGUAAUUAUUGCAAUUAUGGUUUCUACCUUUUAUAAUUAGUUUUUAUGGAUCUGAUUCAAAUAUUUAUAUAAUUACAGAAUUUUUGAUUUUGAUAAUCUUACUUGAUAUAAUCGUCUAAAUGAAUAGAGAAAUAUUUCAUAAGGGAAGUUAUAUUGGAAAUAGGCAUUAAAUAUUCAGAUAGUAUACAAAAAAUGGAUUAAUUGGAGAUAUUAUUUAAUUAAUUACUUGGAUUAGCUUAUUAAUUAUUUAUUAAAAUAUAGAAUAUAAAGCCUACUUAAUUUCUUUGGGUAUUUUAAUGGUAAUUUGCUGUAUCAAAUCUCUUAUGAGAAAAACUGAAUAUUAUAUUGAUAGUUUUUACAAUAAAGGAAAUCUAAGUAACUUCUUAGAUCUUUUUAUAUUAAUACUAUAGAUUUAUUUUGUUGCUCAUUAUAUGGCUUGUAUUUGGCAUUAUGUUGGAGAAAUGGGAAUUAAUAUUUAAGAGUCAACUUGGUUAAGUGAAUAUGGGUUUAUAAAUGAAUCAAUCACUACUAAAUAUAAUUACUCAUUUUAUUGGGCUACUAUGACAAUGGUUACCGUUGGUUAUGGAGAUAUAACAGGAAGAAACAAUUAUGAAAUACUAACAUCUAAUAUAAUGAUGAUUUUUUCAAGUUGUAUUUUUGCUUACUCUAUGAAUUCAAUUGGAAAUAUAUUAAAAAGUAUAAAUGAUUCUAAGCUAAAUUACAGGUAUCUUUUUAUCAAUAAUACUUUAGGAGAACGAUAUCAGCUAUUAAUAAUUACAUGCAAAAAAAUUAAGUUGAUCAAUAAGUUUAAGGAAAAGUAAGAAAUUAUAUUAAAUAUUUAAAUUCAAAAGAAUAAGAUUCUUCCGAUGAUUUUGAAAGUUCUAUUUCAUACUUACCUAAAGGAUUAUAAGCAGAAAUGAAAUAAGAUAUUGCAUAAAAAAUAAUUUAAAAAAUUAAGAUUUUAUAAUAAAAUUUUUCCAAUACUACUUUAAAUUUGUUAGUUUAACAUUUGAAAAUAUAAAAUUAUGCUCCUGGUGAAUACAUUUAUCAUUAAAAUGAAUAAUAAUACUGUUUUUGUUAUAUUAAUUAUGGUUAAGUGGGGAUUAAAGAAGAGUAAUCUCAAACCUAAAUUUAAGUACUUAAAUAGAAUAGCAGUUUUAAUGAAUAUUCAUUCUUUACAGAGUAAGUAACUAAGAGUAAUGCUUUGAGUAUUGGUUUUACAUAAAUUGUUAAAAUAAAUAGAAAGGCAUUUCUAUCAAUCUUGAAAGAUAAUUAAAAAGAUUUAGAAUAAUUUUAUAAUAUUAAAGAUACAAUGUUGUUAUAUAAAGAUUAUUCUUUACUUAAAAAGAAAUGCUAUUAUUGUGGAUACAAUAAACAUGAUUCAAUUGAUUGUCCAUUAUUAACUUAUUAACCUAAUAAGAUGAAUAUAAUUAGAAAAUAUCAUGCAUCUUCUCAAUUUUAAACUAGAAAAUAUAUUUAAAGACAUUCUCAUUAUUUACCAUCUAGAAAAUAGUAUUAAGAAAUAAAAAACACUAUAUCGUAUGCUAGAGAAUAUUAUUUUUCAGAUGUAUUGAUGAAUGAUUCUUUACAAUUUAAUAAAGUUCAAAUAAUAUAGAAAGAAGAAAUACUUCCAGAAAAUAACUUAUAUGAUAUUUCCUCGCCUGGUCGGUUAGGAAAAGAGGAAUCAGAUUUACCUCCAUAAUUUAUAUCUAAAUCAAGACUUCCUAGUAUUUCAACAGAGGCGAAUAACUUAAGAAGAAUAAGUAAAUUUUAAAUACCUCUAAAUCCAGUUCCAGAAGAUAAAAGACUAUCAAAAACAUAGCUUGAUUUAUUUUAAAUAAAUUUCUCUGGAAUUGAAAUUGAUAGUUUUUAGAAUUAUGAAAAGUAUAUGAUUCAGAACAAUUUAAUCAACAUUUUAAAAAGUUUCUAAAAAUUCAAAAGAAAAUCAAAAACAACGGCUAGAAAAUAAAAAUUUUUAGAGUCAAUUAAUAAUUAAGAUUGA